GAAGAGGUUUUAAGUCAUCCUCAAACAUAUAUUUGAAAAAAGGUAUAGAUACACAAAGGUUGUGGUCAUUGACUAUGAGCAACAAACAAUUAAUUUGAAAAUAUAUAUAGAUAUAUUUAGGUUAUGGUCCUUGACUAUGAGCAAUAAAGAGAGAAAACAUAGUUGAAUAUGGCUACCUAACAUGUGUCACAAACUGGAAUAUUUGUUGAAUUUACAACAACACUGACUAAACUUUUGCUUCGAAAUUAAGUUUGGGUUUUAAAAAUAUUUUUGUGUUCGUCAGUUUUCAAGGUUACAUCUUACUUGUUUGGCUUGUAGUUGUAACGUUCAUGUUGGCAGUUUGUGAAUAAUUAACUUUUAAUGGUUUUCUUUUCAAUGGGUUUACAAGUUGGUAUGAUUGAAAUGAUAUUUUGGCUAUAUGCCAAUGAAACAGCAACCCAACAACACAAAAUUUGACGACUUGCAAGCGUUUGAUACACACAUUAAAUUGAUCAAUGCGUUAUUUGUAUACCAGUUGUUGACAAUUCCGUAAAUCAAACAUUAUUGGUUCAUUUUAACAGAGAGGUCAAGCUUUACAUUAGUUUGAAUCAAAUUCACUGGAAACUGAAGAGGUUACACUUUGUGCAUCGAAAAAAAAACCUCGGAAAAACACGUUUCUGGAAACUUGUGAAUAAAUAGUAAUAUAAAAAUCACAUUGGCUUAUCUCUACAAAUCUAAAAUUGUCAUUCCAUUACAUAUGUCAUAAAAAAAGGUAAAGAAAUUAAAGGAAAUAGUAUACCAACUGUGGCACAAAAUCACUACACACACUUAAAGAAAAGCGAAGGAACAGCGUUUUGAUUGCAGUUCUUCCUAUGAAAGUCGCAUCGAGGCCUUUAAAAGGAGGAAAUGCUCCCUCCUCACGGGUAGUUAACGAGGGCUUAAGCACCUUUUUCCGUGAAGGAAGGUCUAUUGGAAAAAAAUAAAUACUGUUUAAAACAGGUGGUCAAGAUGCAAUAACAAGAAACAAAUCCAUACAGAAAAAAACAGGCGGAACACAUCAACAAAAUUGAGAAUGGAAAGAUGACAUUUUAAGCCCACAAGUCGAAGUACACAGCCAAUAAUAUGACGGGAUAAAAAAACAAACACGCCAAAAUAUAUAAAAUAUAUAACGGGGAUUUAAGCAACUAAAAGUCACUGUACGGCCUUCAACGAUGAGUAAAACAGUCCGCUAUAAAAAGUCUCCGACAUGACAAAAUGUGAAACAAUUUAUCACACAAAAUGCUGUAUACAACACUAAAGACUUGAAUUUGGAAAAGUUGUCAUUAGUUAUUUAUGAAUUCUUGCAUAUAACUAGAAAGCAACACACCAAAUGUACGUCAGGACGAAACACACACGAAACAAUUCUGCCUUAACAAUUCAACACACAAAAGUGACCUUGGUUAAGGAACUCGACAGUUGAAUGAGGACAUGGAAUAAUACAGUCAAAUGUUUUAAGAUGUUUGUAUGCUUAUCCGUCGACCUUGUAUGAUAGUGUUUGUUCACGAUGUAUAUAAUAUUAGAAAGUUUUUCUCUAAUAUUAAAAACGGACAUUAACCUGUCGUUUUUAUUUUCCUUUAAUGAAGAGGGGUGCUGCUUCGUUUACAAUUUGGUUUGAGUUCGAUUUCAAUAAAUUUAAAUUUAUUAUCGCCGAAAUUUAGUCGAAUUUUAGUAUUUCUUGAUAAAAGUGUUGUUUGUUUGUUACAAUCCCGAAUAAUGUUUUAAUUGCAAAUGAAAUUUGAAGGGUUAAAAUUUACGUGCGGAUAUCUGUUUAAUCGUUAUUUGUCCUAAGCAUUGUUAUGUCUAUGUGCAUUUGACCUCUGUGUACUUAACUCCAAAAUUUUAGUCCAUAUGACAGAAACUCAACAAAAAACAAGCCACACCCAUAAAAAAGGCAAGAAGAAAAUAAAGAUAAAAAGAUCAAGGACACGGAGAGGUCACUCCACAUUUACAAUUAGUUAUUUGACAAGUUAUAUAAAACACACAUAUGUCCUUUGUCAUCAGUGGUGUUAUUAUGGUUCUAGUGAAAAUAGAGGGUCAAAAUAUGUGCAAUCAUAAAAUAUUUGAUUUGUCCAAUCGGCAAGCUUAAUAAUUAUUACAACCGUUACAACACAUUGUAUUGGGUUUAAACAUAUGUAUAGAAACAAACAGCAUUAUUGAUAAGUUCAACUAAGAAUAUGACUUGAAACAACAAGUGAAAACAGGCAUGGACUGAAGAAAAAAAUAAAAAUUGUAUUGCAAUAUGGUUUUAGAAUACUGUCAUAAACACUUAGACUGGUAAACUGAUUCUCCGCGAGUCUGAUCAAGUAAAACAAGCAUAUAAAUUGACAUAAAUAGAUGCCUUAUGUUUUUGUUUGGUUGCUGUCUCACUGACGUAUAUACCCCAUAUCUCCUUUAAAUUUAUUUAUAUACUUUUGAAAUGAUAUGUCUUUAUUUUUAUUGACAAUUGUAUAAAUCGGGUACUAUAUAUAGUAUCUCGGUAUAUAUAUCGAAAUAUUCUUGAUUAGAAUUCCAAUGUGACCGCAUUCUCGGGACUGUUACAUACUGGUGUGAGAUUUCUUGUACUGUUCAUGUGGCCUGUCAGAAGUGUCCUGAUAACACUCCACGACAAACAUGUCUACUUCGAUAGGCAUAUUAGUCUUCUGCAUAAACAUAUGCCUUAGUUUUGGACUACAGUGUUUAAACCAGGACGGAACGCCAGUAGAUUGGUUUAUACUGUAUAAAUUACCAAAAAUUUCGGAUAGCAAGAAUCCUAUCAUCCACAAUGGCACUGCAUUUUAUUACAUGGACGAAAAUACGCCUUAUUGGAAACUAUCGGACAAGGGGAUGAUCGAAUCAAACCACGCUGUUUAUUAUACUCUACAACAAAUAUACGACAGCAAAAAUGAUUCUAUUUUUUACAUGAUGUACAAUGACGAACCACCACACACUCGGGGAUCUUUGACUCAUGGACACACAAAAGGUGCAGUUGGCUUUGACAAAACAGAUGGUUUCUGGUUAGUACACAGCACUCCGAAAUUCCCGUAUCCCAAAUCUGAAGGAUACAAAUUUCCGAGCAAUGGUGAUGUAUACGGACAAACUUUCCUGUGUGUAUCCAUGAACUAUGAUUUGUUAGAUAUUCUUGGCUCAGUGUUUCUGUAUUCAUACCCAACUGUAUAUGAUUCUCAGCUUCCAAACUCUUACUUCCGAGAAAAUCCAAACAUGGUCAGCAUUCUGACUGGACGUCAAAAUCGUGUGAAGCAAGAACCUUGGUUUGAUGAAACUUUAUUACUAUCCAAGGGUAGACAUUAUUUCAGAAGUUUUGCCAAAUCAGCGGAAUUUCACAAAGAUUUAUACGAUGGAUGGUUAUCCUCUCGACUGAAAUACGAACUGUUGGUUGAAACCUGGCAAAAUGGAAGAGGCGACAUGGGAUCAAAUUGUACAGUAGGCUAUAAGGUAUUCAAUAUCCAGGAGAUAACAUUCAAAGACACUGAAUCGGUACAGUUUGGUACUGGAAAGGAUCAUUCAAAAUGGGCAGUAUCCCGACCUGGUGGUAACUGGGUUUGUAUAGGUGAUAUCAAUAGACAGGAUACCCAGUUUAAACGAGGAGGUGGUCAGGUUUGUUUCCAGAACAACAAAGUAUGGACAGCUUUCGUGAAUCUUGUCACAGACUAUGAUACGUGUAGUCCUUUGGAUGGAUGAAGAAUUAAAUGAUUAUAUAUAUCUUGGACGAUGAAGUGCAUACAAUGCGUGUACCGAAGGAAUAAAAUAUCUAUCCAACUGGU